AUGACGUUUAUGCAAACAGUCAAACGACUGACCAAGAAAGACAUGCCGCCUAAACAGCCCGCCAACCCUUACCUCUUAUUCUUUAUAGAAUAUGGUCGGACCGAGCUGAAGACCCCCACUCUCGCUGCGCAGCGCCAGCUGGCCAUAGCUGCCGCAAAGGCGUGGAAGGCUAUGGACGAUGCUGAACGUCAGGUGUACAAAGAUCGCUAUGCCGAGUUGUGGGUAGAUUACAAGAAACGCCUUCAGGAGUACUUCGACAAGACCGACGGGGAGACCCUCAAAAGAGUGAAGCUUAAGCUGAAGGCCAGUCAUCGUGCCGUUCCGAGGGACGCGAAGCGUCCACACCGGCCCGGAGCCUCUUGGACGAUGUUCAUCCAGGAGCAGACCAAGACUAUUGGUCCCGCGCCCCCGGGCGUGAAGGGUGUCCUGCAUAACACCAAGAUAUUGGCAGAGAGAUGGCGUGCGCUGACUCCGGAGGAGCGAGCCCCUUAUGACGAGCGCUAUAAGCAACUGUUGGAAGAAUACUAUUCAAAGUACAACAAAUCGCCCCAGAAGCGACGGAUCGCUUCCGAGUAA